AUGGAACCCUUCACGCUGGUAGAAGAGACGCAGCGUCCAGGACCCUUCCAACUGUUUGACGAUGUCGUCGACCUUGCGUCUGGCAAGACUGCGGAUCAUGACCUCUGCUACCUGAAAGCGCUGCGCGAUGCCAAUCCUGAUACCAUCGUCACCGCCAUUCCCACGUACAACAUCCCGCUACGUGCUUUUGCAGCUGCCGGCUUUGCCACUUGCACCCGGGACACUACUACAGAUUCAUAUGCCUCGUUUCGAGGCUUCAACGGUCCAAGAUUACGACAGAACAAAGGUAGUCUUGCCGAGAGCGUCCACUUCGCAAAGUAUCGCUACGUCUGGAACCAGACGAACUUCAUACUGUUCACGGUGCUGAAUGUGCAAUAUGUCCUCAUUGAACGGCGAGAUGAUGAGGAUGUGCUAGGACCAAGCAAAGUGGUCGACCAGCUCAUUCAAACUGUUGGCGACUGGCUGCUGAGUGAUCAGGAAGUUGUCUGGGUCUACGACAGGUACUGGCAGCGCAACAAGCAGCUUUACCACGAGGUGAUGAAAGCGACGUGGGAUAAAGUCAUACUGGAUGAAAGGCAGAAGAAGGACCUCACCAAUGUCACCAAGAAGUUCUUCGAGUCCAAGCAAGUCUAUGAAGAUCUGGGGGUGCCAUGGAAGAGAGGACUACUGUUCCACGGACCGCCCGGCAACGGCAAAACCAUCUCGAUCAAGGCUCUUAUGCACACUCUUCUUGAUCGAAAGGAUCCCAUUCCUGCACUAUAUGUCCGUAAUGCUCCAAUGACAUACGACAUUCGGAGUGUCUUUGUGCAAGCUCGGGCAUUGGCACCGUGUAUGCUGAUCUUGGAGGAUGUCGAAACGAUCGUCACUCCACAAACCAGAUCCUAUUUCUUCAACGAGAUGGACGGCUUAGAGAACAACGACGGACUGUUCAUCGUCGCAUCGACCAACUUCCUGGACCGUCUUGAUCCCGGACUUUCGAAGCGUCCAUCCCGUUUUGACCGGAAGUACUUGUUCCCAUUGCCCAACGAGCACGAGAGGACGCUAUACUGCGAGUUCUGGCGACACAAACUGGAGAAGAACAAGGACAUUGACUUCCCAAAGAAAUUAUCUCCAGCCAUGGCGCAUGUCACUCCUGGAUUCUCCUUCGCUUUCCUACAAGAGUGCUUCGUUGCUACACUCCUAAUCAUGGCUCGGCAGGAGGAAGAUCUGAACGAGACGCUGAAGGAGGACCAUGAUCUCAACGAGUAUGAGCUCUGGAGGGUCUUCAAGGCUCAGGCCGAUAUCCUUAGGAAGGAGGUUGAAGGCCAAGAUGGCAAUAUUACCAGUCGAUCCCACCAGAGUUCAGGUACGAGUGAGUUGCUUGACCUACAAGCCUCUCAGGAUUCUCAGGCUAGACCAGGUAGCACCUAUCGGGUGUUGAGACAACCAUCUGCCACAGAGCUGCAGAUGCAAGCCGAUCUGCCCGACCUCGCCGCCAUGCAAAUCAAGGAGCGGGAGCUCCCAGAGUUGUACCGUAAGUUGACAAUCAGUCCCAAUCCGCCUCAACGCUCUGCCUCGCAUACGAUCCUGUUCUUAUCUGAUCACUAA